AUAUUUUUCUAUGUACUAUUGUCAUUGUUUAAAAAGCGUUUUGGGGGCACGUGCUAGGGGUAAUGUCUGCCCCCCCUUUAGAAGUCAAAACGGCGUGAAAUUGGAUUUUACGCUCUUUUUAUUCUUUAACUACCCUCAUAACCCUGCGCGUGUUUAUCUAUGCGUGUGCAUGUAAACGUGUGUGUGUGUUUGUGUGUGUCUGUGUAAAUGUCUGCGUGUGCACGCGCAAACUUUCCAUGGUGCCUCUAGCAGAGGGUCCAUUAAGACGCGGAGCCCCUCCUCGGUUGUCUGGGGCUAAAGUAAACGAAAGAUUGUUUGACCAACACAAAUAUUUACACACACGCACGGACACGCGGACACACACACACACACGUGUGCGUGUAUAUAUAUCGUCACCAUUUUGACGGAGCACCCAUCACUCACUACGAUGACGACGGGCGUCAUGCGAAACCUCCUGCUGCGGGCGCCAUCACCAGCCUACUUCCCCCCGGAGGAGGAUGAAGAGGAUGAGGAGGAUGACAAGGGGUCCACAGAUGACGAUGAGGAGGAUGAGUGUCCGGACCCCCGGCCGUCGGACCCCCAGGACGUGACCGAGCGUCUGCUGAGGUUCGCCGACAUCAUCAGCCGCGACGUCCGCCGAUACUUUGGCAGGCGGGAGGCCCGGGACGUCUACGAAGAGAGCGCCGGUCCCGUCGGGCCCACCGGGGGCCGUCUGCGUUAUGACGACCUGCUGAGGCUGGCCGGGUCGGCGGCCGAGGGGCCACCUUCCUCAGAGCUGGGCCCCCUGGCUGAACUGUUUGAGUCCCGGGGGAAAGGCCAAGUCCGCCCCAUGAACGCCAGGCACCUGCCACUCAGUUUCUGGAUGGAGCCGGACCCCCCGAACCCUCAGGACGGGCACGCCCCGCCACGGGACACCCAUGCAAACUACAGCCUGCACACGCUGGAAAACUCCCAACCGGACUUUAGCGACCUGCUGGCCAACUGGGACCCCAACCCGGAUGACGCCGACGUGCUGCAGUGACAAAAAGAACUUGGAGGCGUUUUAUCGGCAUUGCUGUAAUAAAGCGUCGUGUGCCUGUCAAGAAAACCUUCACAAACGUGUAAAAAGAAGUUUUAGAACUAAGCUAAAGUAAGACUACUCAGCCUCGAAGAUGGAGGCAGGCAAUAAGGUCACGGCGUUUUGUCGGUAAUGCCGUAAUGUUAGAAAAUUAAAGUGUCAAAAAAUUAGCUCAUUUCGGUAUCAUCUGACUUAAAUUCAAUUUCAACUACUCAACAUUUAAAUACGGAGACUCAUAGUACCGUUUUGUCAGCGUUAUUGGGAUGAAAUUCUGUGUCUGCCGAUAAGUAAAAGGAAAAACUCAAUUGACAAGAUUCUCGCUGAGCUGAAGUCCACCUCUGAACAAUUGAACAAUUUGCUGGCAAUUGUUCAAAGGUAGCAUAUUUUCCCAUUAUUCUGUCCAUUCUCUCCAAUAAUAUACUUUACAUUGUGCCAGUUGCAUUAUGGGAAAUGCAGUGUCCAGUGUGCCUCGUCCCCAUGGUAGCCCUUCAUGUGCAAAACGAUGUGCAAAAGUGUUAUUGAAUGAGUAAUAAGCAGGUCAAUUCAAUAAAAAGUGAACCUUUUCUGGAAAUGAGCCUGAAGCAAAAUAACAGACUUGCUGUAUGUUUUCAGGGAUACGGAUUCUUGAGAAUUUUUGUGCGUCGACCUGUAAUAACUACUCAAUUUCAUGUUGCUCAAUAAAACUGGCUUUGGGGACUAAACUGUUUUGAAAAUUCU